CGGAAGUGGCUGCUCUCAGCUGACAGAGCCUCCUAAGGUGGUAGCGGCAGCGGCGGCAGAUUCCGGGGAAGAUGGCGCUGCGGCCGGGAACGGGAGCCGGCGGCGGCGGCGCUGGCGCUGGCGGAGGAGCAGCCGGGGCCAGCGGCGGCGCUGCCGGGGGAGGCAGCUUCUUAUUUCCUGUUGCGGGUGGAAUAGGACCCCCUCAAGGUCUGAUGCCAAUUCAGCAACAAGGAUUUCCAAUGGUUUCUGUUAUGCAGCCUAAUAUGCAGGGCAUGAUGGGAAUGAAUUACAGUUCUCAAAUGUCUCCAGGACCUAUUGCCAUGCAGGGAGGGCUAACAAUGGGCCCAAUGACAGCAGCAGGAAUGCCUUACAUGGGACAAGCUCCCUUUUUAGGGAUGCGUCCCCCAGGUCCACAAUAUACUCCUGACAUGCAGAAGCAGUUUGCAGAAGAGCAACAAAAACGAUUUGAACAGCAGCAAAAACUCUUAGAAGAAGAAAGAAAACGACGCCAGUUUGAAGAGCAGAAACAAAAACUCAGACUUCUAAGCAGUGUGAAACCCAAGACAGGAGAGAAGAGCAGAGAUGAUGCUUUGGAAGCCAUAAAAGGAAACUUAGAUGGAUUUUCCAGAGAUGCUAAGAUGCACCCCACUCCAGCAUCGCACCCCAAGAAACCAGAUUGUCCCACACCAUCCCAUUCUACUGUAACUGUCUCCCAAUCCUCUGCCUUUCUUGAUGAAGAAGAAUUCAGUGACUUUAUGCAAGGGCCUGUUGAAAUUCCCAUAUUUGGCUCUUCAUCCUCUUCCCAGCCUUUUCAGUCUUUCCAUUCCACCACCCCAGUUGGCCAGUUACUUUCAGAGAAGGCUGUGGCCCAGCCUCUCCCUCCAGCACAGAUUCCAGUGUCUUCUGCCUUACAUGGUGCCCCAGGCCAGGUUCCUUAUUUUUCUACUGCUUCAGCCUCACACAGUACACAGAAAACAGGCCCUUCCCUGGAGGAGAAGUUCCUAAUAUCUUGUGAUUUAAGUACGUCUGGGCAGGUGCAAAUUAAAUUAAAUACUUCUGAAGCUGGGCACAAAACCUCAGGCUCAGCUGCCAGUAAGAGCCAUCCCAAUUUAACAGCCAAUAACGGGGGUGCUGUAGGUGGACGUGUAAAUGGUGCCAUCAUUGCAGAGGCAGAAAAGACUUCAGACCAAAACCUGUCAGUUGAAGAGAGUGGUGUGGGUGUAUUCCCUUCACAAGAUCCAAUCCAGCCUAUGAUACCUUCUUGGAUUUACAAUGAGAGCUUAGUCCCAGAUGCAUAUAAGAAGAUUUUAGAAAGCACUAUGACUCCAACUGGAAUAGAUACCGCUAAACUUUAUCCCAUCCUGAUGUCAUCUGGGCUUCCCAGGGAAACCCUUGGGCAAAUUUGGGCCUUAGCCAAUCGUACCACCCCUGGAAAACUUACUAAAGAAGAACUGUAUACUGUUCUAGCUAUGAUAGCUCUGACUCAGAGGGGGGUGCCUGCAAUCAGUCCUGAUACAUUAAACCAGUUCCCAACUGCUCCUGUCCCAAAUCUGAGUGGCUUUCCUAUGACUCUCCCUACCCCAGUGAGUCAACAGACUAUGAUGCCUUCUGUUCCUACGGUCUCUAUGCCUCUUAACAUUGGCCAGCCAGUCAUGGGUAUUAACCUAGUUGCACCAGUGGGUGGAGCUCCAGCCCAGAGUUCCAGUAGCUUUGUGCCAACUUACCCAGCAAAUCAGGUAGUAAAACCGGAAGAAGAUGAUUUCCAAGAUUUUCAAGAUGCUUCAAAGUCAGGAUCACUUGAUGACUCAUUUACUGAUUUCCAAGAGAUGCCUGCUUCUUCAAAAACAACAAAUUCCCAACAUGGGAGCAGUGCUCCUUCUUUGAUACCGCUUCCAGGAUCAAAAGCACCACCUUCAUCAGAUAAAUAUUCUGUAUUUAAAGGAAUUGCUGUAGAUAAAACAUCUGAAAAUGCAGCUCCAUUUGGAGAACAUGGAGACAAAUACAGUGCUUUCAGAGAAUUAGAACAGCCCGCGGAAAAUAAGUCUCUGGGAGAUAGCCUUGCAGAAUUCAGAGCCACAGGAACAGAUGAUGGUUUCACAGAUUUUAAAACAGCCGACAGCCUAUCACCACUAGAACCACCAACAAAAGACAAAAUGUUUCCAAUACCCUUCCCCUCUUUAACUGUACAACAGAAACAACAAACACAAGCAAAAAAUCAUCUGAACUUAGCAGACCUAGAUAUGUUUUCCUCUGUUGGUGCCCCUGGUGAAAAACCACUUUCUUUUCCAGAUGCAUUUAACUCAUCAAAAUCAUUGUCCAUUCGGUCACUACCAACAACUGCUGCCACGACCACUACGACAUCAGCACCAACUAAAAAUUCUAGCUUAGCUGAUGACUUUGGAGAAUUCAGCCUUUUUGGGGGAUAUUCUGGUUCAGCCUCUGUUGGGGGACAGGAUGACUUUGCAGAUUUUAUGGCUUUCAAUAAUAGCGCUGGCUUAUCCGAGCAAAAGGCAGAUGAUAAAUACGAUCUUCUUAAAGAAGAAGCUAACACUGUUCCUCUGACUAGCAGCAUAGGCAGCACAAUGAGAAAUGGGCAAAACUCUUCAACUUCUGCUUCAACCAAAUAUGAUGUCUUCAAACAGCUUUCUCUGGAGGGCUCUGGAAUAGGUGUUGAGGAGUUGAAAGAUAGUACCCCUCCGGGGAAAAGUGAUGACGAUUUUGCUGACUUCCAUUCAAACAAAUUUUCAUCUCUCUGUGGUAAUUCAGACAAAUCUCUGGUGGAAAAAGUGGUAGCUUUCAGGCAUGCCAAAGAAGACUCUGCUUCAGUGAAGUCUUUGGACCUGCCUUCCAUUGGUGGUAGCAGUGUUGGCAAGGAGGACUCUGAAGAUGCACUCUCUGUUCAGUUUGACAUGAAACUGGCUGAUGUAGGAGGAGAUCUUAAGCAUGUCAUGUCUGAUAGCUCUUUGGAUUUGCCCACAGUUAGUGGCCAGCAUCCGCCUGCAGCAGAUAUUGAUGACUUAAAGUAUGCAACUUUGGGCACUUAUGGUAGCAAUUCUGCAGUGAGUGCCCUUGCAAGCUGUGACUGGUCGGACAGGGAUGAUGCUUCUCCGGGCAGAAUGCUCUCUCCAUUUGUCCUCUCAGCAGGAAGUGGUUCCUCUUCAGCUACUUCAGUUCUUCAGAAGAAAGAGACUUCAUUUGGCAGUUCGGAAAACAUUACCAUGACAACAGUUUCCAAAGUGACGACCUUUCCAAGUGAUGAUACUCUUCCAGAGGCUACAUUUUCAGCUUUUGAAAAUUUUAAAAAUGGUAUUUUCCAGUCCAUAGAUCAAAGAGACAUUGAGAGUGGGGAUUUCAUAAAAACACAGGACUUACCUGCAAGUGAACAGAACCAAGAAACCAUGUAUUCAGUGUCAGUCGCCAGUGGCAUGUCUCAGGAAACUCCAAAAGAAUGCCCUGAUGACUUUGGAGAGUUUCAAAGUGAAAAACCCAAAAUCAGUAAAUUUGAUUUUCUAGUGGCUAAUACACAAAGCAAGAUGAAAUCGAGCGAAGAAAUGAUCAAAAAUGAACUGGCUACUUUUGACCUCUCUGUUCAAGGGUCUCACAAGAGAAGCUUGAGCCUUGGUGAUAAAGAAAUAAGCCGUUCCUCUCCAUCUCCGGCUCUGGAGCAACCUUUCAGAGAUCGUUCCAACACUCUAAGUGAAAAGCCUGCCCUGCCUGUUAUCCGGGAUAAAUACAAGGAUCUAACUGGGGAGGUGGAAGAGAAUGAAAGAUAUGCUUAUGAAUGGCAGAGGUGUUUGGGAAGUGCUUUACAUAUCAUUAAGAAGGCAAAUGACACUCUAAAUGGAAUCAGUAGUUCAUCUGUUUGCACAGAAGUAAUUCAGUCAGCACAGGGCAUGGAGUAUUUAUUAGGUGUUGUUGAGGUAUACAGGGUAACCAAACGUGUGGAGCUAGGUAUCAAGGCUACCGCAGUGUGCAGCGAAAAUCUCCAGCAGCUGCUGAAGGACAUUGAUAAGACGUGGAACAACCUGAUAGGGUUCAUGUCACUUGCCACAGUCACGCCAGAUGAAAACUCCUUGGAUUUCUCCUCCUGUAUGCUGCGUCCUGGGAUUAAAAAUGCUCAGGAACUUGCCUGUGGGGUAUGCCUACUGAAUGUGGAUUCAAGGAGCCGAAAUGAAGAGAAACCUGCAGAAGAGCAUCCUAAAAAAGCAUUCAAUUCUGAGACAGACAGUUUCAAACUGGCAUAUGGAGGACAUCAGUAUCAUGCAAGCUGUGCCAACUUCUGGAUCAACUGUGUAGAGCCCAAACCUCCGGGACUCAUCCUGCCAGAUCUGCUCUAAGGCCUUCCACCAGGCAUCAGCUUUUUCCUGCCAGACCCCAGGUAUUGAGGGGACCAAUAAAUGAGUAAUUCCUUCAGGAGUCUACAUGAGGAACUUCCCAAGAGGCACAAAAGGAUGGAAAGUCCAAGCCAAUACUGGUAACCUCUGACUGUUGAUCCCACUUAGGAUCUGAGAUGAAGUAAUUAACACUCAGAGUCACCCCAUGAUGCAGAGCUACUGUAAGAGAGAUUAUUACCCUUCUGUAUCAGUCUCAUCUUAGCCCUGCCCAGUCUGUAUUGGACACCACAGGUUUGUAAAUCUCUCGUUCUCCUAUGUGUUUUAAUAUACAGAUGAUUAUUUUUCUCUAAGGAAGCAUUUGCUGCUACAAUUUCAAAACUGUGAAUAACUGACAGAAGAAAUACCAUUAUAGGACUAGAAAUUAUGAAGAUACUAUGUCUGCUUAGAUAUGGAAAUGAUCUUUGUCCUGUGGGAUAAAAAUGCAUUUGUUUACUUAUUGUUUAAAUAAAGAACUUAAAAAUGUUUGGGCUGAUGGUUAGACUUGUAGAUAGUGUUUGUGGGUGUUGUGAGUCCCAGUAAGUUUUACAGUAUCCCAUUGUUUUAAAAUCUCUCCUCUUCCCUAGUUUCUAGAGCUGAAUCUGCUAAAGAGAACCAUUAUCUCAAAAAAUGUCCAGGGGUAUUUUCAUAGGGAAGGAUGUUAACAGUAGCAUGAAUACCCCAAAUCUUGUACAUCAGUUUGUAAAUCCUUUCCUUAAUGAUGUCCCUGUUCUGAAUCCAACCCCUGUACCAGGCCCAGGACCGUGAUACUUUGCUGAGAAAAUUUGUAUUAGAAGGACUGUUUAUACAGCUGCAUGGUGUUUAUUUGCAAUGAGUGGCCCUUCCUGAAGAUGGCUAUAUGAGGAUCAAUACUCCUUGACUUUACAGUACAUAGUUGUAGAUAUAUCUUUCUUAACGCUGUUGAAGAACAGCAUUUGUGGCAAAAGUUACUGACUUCUAAGCUGUGGAAAUUCAGACGAAUUAAAAUCUAGAAGGACAAGGUUCGUGUGCUGUGUGAAUUUUCUUUGCCUUGUAAACUGAGACAGUUGUAACUGAAAGGAGUGUGUAGGAAAAUAAAGACUGCUGAAGAAACAUCAAUCCAAUGGAAAAUAUACCAAUACUGGAACAGUUUCUCUGAUCUACAGAUUUUUAUUAAAAAGUUUAUUUUAAAUCAAACCGAAGUACCAUAUAUUUCUCAUUAUCUCACUGCCCCAUACUUAACUUGGAUUUCCAAGAGUGCAUAGCAUUGCCUGUAAUUGUUUAUAUAAUUAUUUUCCCCUUCCCCAUGACAAACCAUAAGGGAAAUUCUAUUUUACUUUACACGUGUA